GGAAGGUGCUAGAAGAGACUCGGGGGACCCUCGCGAGGAUGGCGCAGCAGAAGGAAGGGUCAGGGCCGGAAGGGAACAGCCUGUCCCCACCAUCACCUGGGACUGAGCCAUGGCCCCCUGCGCCUUUCUCAGCCCUGCCAUCUUCUCUCCUGGGCACCCCAGAUCCAGCACACCUGGGGCUCCCCGAGAGCGUGGCCUCUGUCACCGUCCCCAUCCGUCUGGAUGCCCUCUCCUACCUCCUGCACAGCGCCUUGCUGGGGGCCUAUAGCCUUCAGCAGUCCCUACCCUCCUGCACCUGCCACCCCCAGGCUUGUGACACCCAGCCGCACACCGCCAAGAGGCCAUGCAGGGGACGUGGGGACUGGGGCGUCCCUCGAAGGUCUAGCUGGGGCCGGGGCCAGCAGCGAUGGGGACGUGGAAGGUCUGAGGAGCCAAAGAAGGUCUGGGCAGGGGUCUCUGGGGCUGGCCCCAAGACCCCACCCACGACGCCAUCCUCACCACCAACACCAAUUACUCAGGGUGGGAAGAAGGAAGCCCGAGGUCCGGAGCCAACCCUGGCCACGCCACCUGCCACUGAGGACUGGGACACUGAGUACUAGGACCUUGAGAGCCCAGAACCACAGAAUCCAGAGAGGGCCACUCGGAGCCUAGAGAUGACCCCAGCCCUGCCAGAGAUACCUCAUCCCUCUUCCCCCAAACCGUGGCCUCAGCAGCGGGGGUGGGAGUCCCCUGGCGAAACCUGGACCUGACUUGGGUUCCCAAGCCAGAAAAGGCCCUGGACCUCAUACCCAGUGCCUCUCCCCAUCCAGACACUUUCCCCAACUAUAGCGACAACCCUCAGCUCAUUCUCAACCCAGGGCUCCUCCAACCCAACUCUGACGCCGUUCUCAAUCCCAAAGCCAUUCCCCUGCCUCUGCCACCCCACCCCGUCCCCACUCUCGGCACCACAUUCCUGG